GAAUUGUAGUGUUUUGUGGCGCAGACGUUCAACGGGACGCCUGGGAAGAAAAGUUUCCAAAGAUUUUCAACUGAGCGGAAAAGAAACGGAGCCGGGAUCAGGGCAGGUAGGGGACCUGGACGUGCAGCCGCCCCCAUCGAGGAUGCACUGAACUGGGAAACAUCUGCUGAAGUGUCCCCCCUCAACGCAGAUAUGGCCUCGGCGACGUCUGGUCCCGGUCCUGGUCCUGGUCCUGGUCCUGCCACUCCGGGCUCUCAGGUUCACGCAGCAGCCGUCAAUGGAGACAGAAGCGCUCUCCUCAAACUCAUCACAGCAGAGCCCUCGCUGAGGGACCGCGAGGACCAGUUCGGCCGGACCCCUUUGAUGUACUGUGUGCUGGCCGACCGCCUGGACUGCGCCGAGAUCCUGCUGAAGGCCGGAGCCUCGGUCAACAAGACCGACCACAGCCAGCGAACAGCUCUGCACCUCGCUGCGCAGAAAGGGAAUGUACGUUUCCUGAAGCUGCUGCUGUCCAGGCGCGCCAACUGGCUGCAGAAAGACUUAGAGGAGAUGACCCCGCUCCACCUGGCCACCCGGCACCCCUCUCCGAAAGCCCUCGCCCUUCUGCUCAAACACAUCGGACCUGGGGAGGUGGACACGCAAGACAAGAACAAGCAAACUGCUCUCCACUGGUCUGCGUUUUAUAACCGACCGGAGCACGUACGCCUUCUGAUCAAGCACGAUUCCAACAUCGGCAUCCCAGACAGCGAGGGCAAGAUCCCUCUGCACUGGGCAGCUCACAGCCAGGAGCCCAGCGCCACUCAGACUGUUCGCUGUAUACUGGAAGCCGCCCCCACCGAGUCCCUGCUGAACUGGCAGGACUACGAGGGCCGGACGCCGCUGCACUUUGCCGUCGCCGAUGGCAACGAGGCGGUGGUGGAGGUGCUGACGUCCUACGAGGGCUGCAACGUGACGGCGUACGACAACCUGUUCAGGACGCCGCUGCACUGGGCCGCUCUGCUGGGCCACGCCAAAAUCGUCCACCUGCUGCUGGAGAGGAACACGUCGGGCACGAUUCCCUCCGACAGCCAGGGAGCGACGCCUCUGCACUACGGAGCUCAGAGCAACAAUGCCGAGACAGUCGGUGUGUUUCUGUCCCACCCAUCGGUGAAAGACGAACCCGACCUGGAGGGAAGAACCGCCUUCAUGUGGGCCGCCGGCAAGGGCAGCGAUGACGUCAUCCACACCACGCUGGCCCUCACGCCACACAUCGACAUCAACAUGGCCGACAAGUACGGCGGCACUGCGCUCCAUGCGGCCUCCCUGUCCGGCCAUGUGAGCACCGUGAAGCUGCUGCUGGAGAACGGCGCCAUGGUCGACUCCCUGGACGUCAUGAAGCACACGCCGCUGUUCCGAGCCUGCGAGAUGGGAUACAGGGACGUCAUACUCACGCUCAUCAAGGGUUCUGCCCGUGUGGACCUGGUGGACGUGGAUGGACACACUGCUCUGCACUGGGCAGCUCUGGGAGGAAAUGCUGAAGUCUGCCAGAUCCUGAUGGAGAGCGGCAUCAGUCCCAAUGUACAGGAUCAGGCAGGUCGGACUCCGCUGCAGUGUGCAGCUUACGGCGGCUACAUCACCUGCAUGGCUGUUCUCAUGGAGAACAACGCAGAUCCAAACAUACAGGACAAGGAGGGCCGCACUGCUCUCCACUGGUCGUGUAACAACGGCUACCUGGAUGCCGUGAAGCUGCUGCUGGGCUACAACGCCUUCCCCAACCAGAUGGAGCACACCGAGGAGAGGUACACUCCUCUGGACUACGCUCUGCUGGGCGGCCACAGCGAGGUGACUCAGUUCAUGCUGGAGCACGGCGCUCUGUCCAUCGCAGCCAUCCAGGACAUCGCCGCCGCCUCCAUCCAGGCCGUCUACAAGGGCUACACCGUCCGCAAGGCCUUCAGGGAGAGGAAGCAGCUCCUGAUGCGACACGAGCAGCUGCGCAAGGAUGCAGCCAAGAAGCGAGAAGAAGAGCAUCGGAGGAGAGAAGCUGUGCAGCAGGUGUCGGCGGCAGCGGCGGCUGCAGAGAAACGGAAAGUUCCGCUGGUGAGAUCAGAGCAGGAGAAGCUCUGCUUAGUGAACAUCAUGGAGGAUUUAUCCAUCAAUGAUUCUCUGGUGGAAACAAAGAAGACGUGCAGGGCUGAACGCACCAAGAGCAAAGAGGAGAGACACAAAGCCCACAAGAGCAGGUCCUCUAGAAGAAGUAAAACAGCUGAAACACACGAAGCUCCCGAAGCGUCGAGUCCCAGUUCUCUUCAGACCACCAGGCUGAAGGAGCUUCUGUCUCCUUCCAGCUGCAGACAGACGCCCGGCAUCAAACCUGCAGCCGCCUCCGUGCCCAAAGUCAAGGAGCACCCUUCCUCCAACGCAUGCACUCCCUCCGCCGAACCCGAAUCCAGCACCAGAGAAAGCAUCCCUCUGAAAAAGAGCGCACAGACUGCCCACACCUCUGCACAAAAACGCCGAAGCCACAAGGAGCAGACUUCAGAGAGGGCCAAAGAUCAAACUCAUGCUGCCUCAUUAAGAAGCAGUUCAUCCCCUCUGAGAAAGACUGCCACACAUGCGCCGGCACGCACACACCGGGAACACGACAAAGAGCAGCGCAGGAGGAGGACCGAGGCUGCACGCAUCAUCCAGCGGGCCUGGCGAAGGUUUCGUGCACGCGGACGGAGAGGAGCCAACGCAUGCGUCGAGGCGGAGUCGGGCGAGUCGAGCCACGCCCAGAACAGGAAGAAGGUGGAAACGAGAGCUCAACCCGCCAAAGCAGCAGCGAGCAAGAGCUCCGUGCUGCAGAGCAUCUACGGUAGCUCCGUGUCCAGGCGUGGACGUUCCUUUCGGGGUUCUCAGUCUCAGCUGCUCCUGGAUUUACCUCUACGCACCCAGAGCCAGUUGAGCGGCAUCGACUGCGUGCCCCUGACGGACGCCGUGCACCAAGCCAAGCAGUACUCCUACCACCUGAGGCCUCACAGCGCAGGACAGGGGACGAGAGGCCGCGGAAAACACUGAAAAAACGCACACCUUUGAUGUUUUCUCAGCUGGCCGGCGGCUCUCGGCUCUAUAGAAUUACUCCGCGCAUUGUUCGCUCAAUGCGCCGAGAUUUCUAAAAUUAAGCCCGGCGUGACAUCAGAGCCAUGACCUCACGGGGUGGGGUUAAGUCUACAGAAACGGUGUGUGUAAAAGAUAACCUUUCAUCCAUUGUGGAAGGAACACAUACACACUCGGUCGCCCUCGCUGUACGCCGCUCCCGCACACACACUGAGAUAACCUUUCCUCCCGUUGUGGAGAAUGAGGCGGUCUAUCAACAGCCGGUCAUACAGAUAGCCCACCUGCAGCUGCCGACACACAAAAACACACACAAACACACACCACACUAUACACACCGGUCUGGUCUUUAAGUGCUUUCCCCCUCAAGAGAAACAUGCAUUUCUGAACUAUGCAGUUGUUUUUUUUGUUUUUUUUCUCCUGCGCUAUAUUUGCACAAAAAUAACCCCUAUUGUGUCAUU